CGCGAAACUCUCAAAUGUUUUGUUUUUCUCUAACCUGAUGCUAACCAUGUGUUUGUGAUUCGAAAUUUGAAAUAUGUAAUUGAUAUCGUCACAAAGGCCACUCAUCAUGAAUUUUGGUUGGAGAACAGCGUCAAGAAUUCCAUUCACCCUAAGACUACUAACAAGGCUUUCCGCAAAUCCCAAAUAUCAAUUGCGCUCAUGUACAGGAAAGUCACAGGCCGAAAACUUGGAAGAUUUUGAGAUCGAUGAGAGCACUGCAAACUUAGAACCACCAGGACAUUCAAGAACACUCUUUGCAAUGAAUUUUUUGCAAAGUAAAAUCCAGGAAAGAAGACCAAAGGAAAACAAAGAAUGGGAUGAAAUACUAGAGAAAACACUGGAACUCCCUAAUUAUUCAUCAAACAUCAACAAAGUUAGCAUAAAUGGAGUUGUCAUGACUUUAUGCUUGCAGGAAAAAAAUUUUGAUCUUGCUCUUCAAUUUUUAAAAUAUUUGGAAGACAAGGGCGAGGAAAUCAAUCACGGAACACUUUCUGUGUUCAUGAAACUUUGCUACAGUUGUUGGCCAGAUUCGUCAGAGGAAAUAAUCUUGAAAUACUAUGACAUCUUAAGAAAGCGGCUGACCAUCAUUGACACUUUCACAGCUGAAAAUUGCACACUCGCAAUUUCAUUGACCUCUAGAUGGAUGGAGUAUACAGAGCUCCUUGAGCAUGUUAAACUCUCAGGCUCUAUCGGAAGGAACCUGUACACUGUGUUGGUGUCAACAGCCUUCAGAAACAAGCAACCAAACCUAGGAUGGUCGUUGCUUCAUCAAGCCGCAACGGAAGGGAAAACUGUUACCUCGGCAGCUUAUUCAGCAUGGUUUGAAUACUGUGCGGAAAACAAUCCAACAGUACAAGGCGCAGAGACCCUUUUAAAGUUUUCUCACGAGUGGAAUAUUGGUCUUGAUGAAGUGACUGCUGAUGAUAUUCAGCAAUACUUUGAGCAAAUUGUUAAACCUGCUUGGAAAGUAGAGCAUACAUCCAUCAAGCAUAGUGGGACCUGCAUGGCCUGCAGACGAAAAUUGCCAACGAUUUUCAUAACAAAGGAAGAGUUUAAAAAAUUGAGUGAAUCCUUCUUGGAGAAAGUUGUUAUCGGAAAAGAUGUUUUUACUAAAUCAACACCUGAGGAAGUGAAUCGCUUCAGUCAGUUCUUGGAUAGAAGUCUCCCUUAUGAUGUUGUCAUUGAUGGGCUCAACGUUGCUCUCGCCCUGGGCAGCAGAAGCUCUGUAGCCCCAAUUGAUUUUCUGAUUGAUGUUGUGAACUAUUUCCUGGACCGCGAUAUGAAGAUAAUGAUCAUUGGGAGAAUACACAUGUUGAAAUGGCCAAAGCAAAAGUUUGACUACAUUCAGAAGAAUUGCAAAGUUUUCCUUGCGCAAAAUAUAUCGCAAGAUGAUCCUCUCCUCCUUUAUGCAGCCAUGCGAGGUGGACUAAGCACAUACUUUGUGUCCAGAGACUUUAUGAGAGGCCACAAACACAGGCUGCAAGAUUUUGAGAUGCAGCAACUGUUCAGACGGUGGCAACUGGCUCGACAGUACUCAGCUUUUGCAUCUGCUGCCAAAAGGAAAUCGCUAGUUUUUCCUCCUUCAUCGUAUUUGCCUUUUGCUCAGAAGACUGGAGAUUCUUGGCAUGUACCCUACUCAGAAGAUAAGCCUGAAGGUGUAGCACCACUAUUUCACACUCCCAAAAACUGGCUUUGUAUUAAAAAAUAAAAAAUGCAUCAGUUGAUUUUAA